AUGGCGGUCUGGAAUGCUGUCGUGAGCGAUGUGCCGCCGGCCAACUUUGUGUGGAUCGUCGCCAUGGACGUCCUCCUCGAUCGGUUCGCGACGUACAUGAACAUUCUCUCGAACGCGGUUGUGACGCGCAUCAUCGCCGAGCAGGUUGACGAGACCUACGUCGACGAGCAAGACCGUCUCGGACAUACAAAUGACGACGACAGCACGCCCGUUCUGUUGCAUCGGCCGUAA